AUGAGUAUUGAAAGUAUCGAUAGAAAUAACGAGUUACAGGUUAUUGAACAAAUAUUGAAGGCUGAAAUAGCUGAGCCAUCUAAGAUUAAGAGGGUACGCCAAAAAAAGAAGAGGAUACUUGAUGUCGAGACUACUCUCUUGAGACACAAUGCCUCUUUGAAUGAGGUUGAUUUCAUAACAGUCGACCACAAGAAUGCAACAUCAAAGGUCAUUUGUGACUACAUACUAGAGCUCGUGCGUGACUCUAGUAAUGUAAUCAUACCCAACUUCGUGGUAGAUGAAAUGAGAAGGAAAUACAGAAUCAUCAUAUCCUACAACAAAGGAUGGCGAGCAAUACAACAUGCUUAUACGGUGAUAAGAGGAACCACGGAAGAGAACUACAAUAGGUUGCCAUCGUAUUUUCAUAUGAUAAAACAAAACAAUCCAGGCACGUACACAAACAUAAAGAGGGAUGAUGAGAACAGGUUUCAAUAUGCAUUCUUUGCUUAUGGUGCUUCAAUCAUUGGAUGGGCCAACUGUAGACCGGUAAUAAUGGUAGAUGUAAUAUUUUUGAAGGCAAAAUAUCGUGGUGUCCUCAUGAUAGCAGUGUCAAAGGACGGAAACAACAACAUAUUUCCUUUGGAUUUUGGAAUUGCAGACUCAGAAAAUAAUGAGUCUUAUAACUGGUUCUUCAAUCAGUUAAGACAUGCAAUUAGGGUACGUGAACAAUUGUCUAUUCUAUCAAAUCAUCAUCAAGCCAUUGCAAAUGCAAUUUCAAAUGUCUAUCCAAAGUGUCAGCAUGGGAUAUGCAUCUAUCAUAUGGAGAAGAAUUUAAUAAAAAAAUACUUCUUAGAUGUGGUUCUAUCACUCUUCUACAACGCAGCAACAACAUACAAAUGA